AUGCAAACUCCAUUUAUUUUAAUCGCAGCUACAGUAUUCGUGGGAUACUGUGAUUUGGAAGAUGUGAAUACGAGUGUGUUAUAUAAGACGGUCGACUUUGGAAAAUGCCAUGAGACGUGUGAUGGAGAUCUGCCCAAUAUGAUUUUUUCUCUUUUGGAGUUUUACAAUACCUACUCCAAGAUGAUAAAGAUCUGCCAGUGAGUACCAAAAGCAUUUUGCAUUAGUCGUAUAACAUGUUUAGACAACUCAAACCCGCCAGUGAAUGUGUUAAGACCUCCAAUUGCCCGUUUGCCAGCCGAUUUUUGCUUUUAUACGGAGGGUUUUAUGACCUAUGCAAUGGGAAAAAGUGGAAUUAUUUCAUCAAUAACGAAGGCUGCUUAAGGACAUAUUUGGAUGAAACCCUUCAAGGUAAUUGUUCUAAUAAACAACUGAACAGAUUAUUUUAGCCACAGAAAACGAAUGCCGUUUAACCCAGGAGAUUGAAAGGUUUUCCCAUGAUCCUAUCGUAGUCAGUCAAGUCCCCAAGGGCCAGCCUGCUGCUUUAACUGUGCUUGGAAGAACCGGUCCUUUGUGCAGGUGAGCAACUAUGCUAUGGCCAACCUAUUUCCAGUUCUAUGAUCUGUUUCAUCCCAACAUUCCGGCGAUUAAUGGACGAGAAAUGCCCUGGAGCGGGCAGUGUUGUAACUGCCGCGAUGGUACGCCCCUUUUAUCAGGGACUUCACAUCGUCAACAGGAUGGGACCAGCUAUAACUGGAAUGAUCAAGGUCUCAACGCCCCCGCAAUGCUAUCCACUUGGAAAUAAGACCGUCUUGCAUAUGAUGAAACGGCAAGAUUAA